AUGCUGGCGGAGCUGGGCCUGAUCGGAACCUUGCAGGACGAUGAGCUGAGCCCGCAGGAGCCCGAGUCUGAGUCCGGUGGUGAGGAUGAGCCCAUCGUGCUCAACAGGAAGAAGAAACAGGGCAAACGGCGCCAUGGGGCCAAGGACUUCAACGCAGACUUUGAGUUUGGAGAGAAGGAUGUGGGCCAAACGGAGCAACCCUGGCUGUCCCAGGACGUCUUGAACCAGAUGAAGCCCAGGAGAACUGCCACAAGCUUGGACCAGAAGAUUGAGCAGGUCCGCAAGAAGAGGAAGGCUCAGGAGAAGGGCUCCACAGACGAGGCCCUGGAGCUGAAACCGGACCUAGCGGAACCAGCAGGGAGCCUGCAAUCGGACCAUUCAGAUGAGGAGUCUGACGAGUCUGAGGCAGAGUUCAGUUCUGGAGACGAGAAGAUUCUCACCAAAUCCGACACCCUGAAAGACAAGGAGCGCAAAGGCAAAAGGAGGCGGCUCCAGGAACAGUCGGUUCCGGAGCUGGUCCAGGACUCGUUCACGCCCAUGGUGGCUGUGUUGUGCAGCGAGGAGGCGGACAGACUGAGCCGUAAGAACAGGCUGAGCUUCUCCGAGCUGCUGCGGCCCUUCUGCAGGCUCACCUCGGAAGGUCACAUCCGGGACCCGAACAACGCACUGCUGCAGGUGAAGGGGCUGCGCAUCAGUGUGAACAGCCUGACCCCCAGCCUCCAAAGCCCCAGCCCGGCCCUGACCGAAGCCCAGAGGAACACCCUCCACCACAUCGUCCUGUCCUCACAGCCACAGGAGGGCGCUCUCAGCUCUGUCAGCGCCGGCGACUACCAGCUUAGCUUCACCGCCACCACUCCCUGGUUUGAGGUCUACAGAGAGGCCUUCCUCCAGACCAUGCCCUCCUCAGAGCAUGAGUUCCUGAACCACUACCUGGCCUGCCUGCUGGUGGUGUCCUCUUCUGAGACUGUUCCGUUCGAACAGUUCCUGAAGCUGUCCCAGGAGCAGCACCGCGUCCAGCACAGCGGGGAGUACAGCGCCCCCAAGUGGUUCAUCCCCAACACACUCAAGUACUACGUCCUGCUGCACGACGUGAGCCAGGGAGACGACCACAGAGCAGAGACUGUGUAUGAGGACAUGAAGCAGAAAUAUGGGACUCAAGGCUGCUAUCUCCUCAAGAUCAACUCACGCACCGAGGGCCCCUCAGAGGAGGAGCAGAUCCCUGACCCCUGGAGCCAGUACCUGAAUAAGAGCUACCUGCACUCUCAGGAAGGGGACCCUACCUCAGCUAGUGAGUCAGCAGAGGCCCCAGAGCAAGCAGACGCAGGAGAAACAUGUGAGAGCCAGAGCCAAAAGCAAAGCCUGGACACAGGGACUCUCCCAGCCCUGAGUGCUUGUGACAGUAGCAGGAAGACAUUAGACAUCACCAGUGGGGCCCCUGGGGGCCACGGCUCCUGCCUCACUCUUAAUGACCAUGAGUGCAUCAGACAGUUCAUCCAGGAGUUCACCUUCAGAGGUCUGCUGCCUCACAUCGAGAAGAACAUCCGGCAGCUCAACGACCAGCUGGUGUCCAGGAAAGGCCUGAGUCGCUCCCUCUUCACAGCAACUAAAAAAUGGUUUGGUGGUGGCAAGGCGCCUGAGAAGAGUGUGGCUGAGCCUAAGAGCACCUGUGGCCUUCUAUACCCUCCAGAGGCCCCUGAGCUGCAGAUCCGUAAGAUGGCUGACCUUUGCUUCCUAGUGCAGCAUUACGAGCUAGCCUACAACUGCUAUCACACAGCCAAGAAGGACUUCCUUUCGGACCAGGCCAUGCUGUACGCCGCUGGGGCGCUGAGGCCCUCCCGAGUGUGCGUCCUCCCGAGUGUGCGUCCUUCCCGACUGUGCGUCCUCCCGAGUGUGCGUCCUCCCGAGUGUGCGUCCUCCCCGAGUGUGCGUCCUCCCGAGUGUGCGUCCUCCCCGACUGUGCGUCCUCCUGAGUGUGCGUCCUCCCCGAGUGUGCGUCCUCCCCGAGUGUGCGUCCUCCCCGAGUGUGCGUCCUCCCCGAGUGUGCGUCCUCCCGAGUGUGCGUCCUCCCCGAGUGUGCGUCCUCCCCGAGUGUGCGUCCUCCCGAGUGUGCGUCCUCCCCGAGUGUGCGUCCUCCCCGAGUGUGCGUCCUCCCCGAGUGUGCGUCCUCCCCGAGUGUGCGUCCUCCCCGAGUGUGCGUCCUCCCGAGUGUGCGUCCUCCCCGAGUGUGCGUCCUCCCCGAGUGUGCGUCCUCCCCGAGUGUGCGUCCUCCCGAGUGUGCGUCCUCCCCGAGUGUGCGUCCUCCCCGAGUGUGCGCCCUCCCGAGUGUGCGUCCUCCCCGAGUGUGCGUCCUCCCCGAGUGUGCGUCCUCCCCGAGUGUGCGUCCUCCCCGAGUGUGCGUCCUCCCCGAGUGUGCGUCCUCCCCGAGUGUGCGUCCUCCCCGAGUGUGCGUCCUCCCCGAGUGUGCGUCCUCCCCGAGUGUGCGUCCUCCCGAGUGUGCGUCCUCCCCGAGUGUGCGUCCUCCCCGAGUGUGCGUCCUCCCCGAGUGUGCGUCCUCCCGAGUGUGCGUCCUCCCGAGUGUGCGUCCUCCCCGAGUGUGCGUCCUCCCCGAGUGUGCGUCCUCCCCGAGUGUGCGUCCUCCCCGAGUGUGCGUCCUCCCCGAGUGUGCGUCCUCAGGGUCCUCCCGAGUGUGCGUCCUCCCCGAGUGUGCGUCCUCCCCGAGUGUGCGUCCUCCCCGAGUGUGCGUCCUCCCCGAGUGUGCGUCCUCCCCGAGUGUGCGUCCUCCCCGAGGUGCGUCCUCCCCGAGUGCGUCCUCCCCGAGUGUGCGUCCUCCCCGAGUGUGCGUCGUGUCCGAGUGUGCGUCGUGUCCGAGUGUGCGUCGUGUCCGUCCUUCUCGAGUGUGCGUCCUUCUCGAGUGUGCGUCCCUCUCGAGUGUGCGUCCCUCUCGAGUGUGCGUCCCUCUCGAGUGUGCGUCCCUCCCGAGUGUGCGUCCCUCCCCGAGUGUGCGUCCCUCCCCGAGCGUGCGUCCCCCCGAGCGUGUGUCGUGUCCGUCCUUCCCGAGUGUGCGUCCUCCCCGAGUGUGCGUCCUCCCCGAGUGUGCGUCCUCCCCGAGUGUGCGUCCUCCCCGAGUGUGCGUCCUCCCGAGUGUGCGUCCUCCCCGAGUGUGCGUCCUCCCCGAGUGUGCGUCCUCCCCGAGUGUGCGUCCUCCCCGAGUGUGCGUCCUCCCCGAGUGUGCGUCCUCCCCGAGUGUGCGUCCUCCCCGAGUGUGCGUCCUCCCGAGUGUGCGUCCUCCCGAGUGUGCGUCCUCCCCGAGUGUGCGUCUCCCCGAGUGUGCGUCCGAGUGUGCGUCCUCCCCGAGUGUGCGUCCUCCCCGAGUGUGCGUCCUCCCCGAGUGUGCGUCCUCCCCGAGUGUGCGUCCUCCCCGAGUGUGCGUCCUCCCCGAGUGUGCGUCCUCCCCGAGUGUGCGUCCUCCCGUGUGCCCUCCCCGAGUGUGCGUCGUGUCCGUCCUUCCCGAGUGUGCGUCGUCCGUCCUUCCGAGUGUGCGUCCUUCUCGAGUGUGCGUCCCUUCUCGAGUGUGCGUCCCUCUCGAGUGUGCGUCCCUCCCGAGUGUGCGUCCCUCCCCGAGCGUGCGUCCCCCCGAGCGUGUGUCGUGUCCGUCCUUCCCGAGUGUGCGUCCUUCCCGAGUGUGCGUCCUCCCCGAGUGUGCGUCCUCCCCGAGUGUGCGUCCUCCCCGAGUGUGCGUCCUCCCCGAGUGUGCGUCUCCUCCCCGAGUGUGCGUCCUCCCCGAGUGUGCGUCCUCCCCGAGUGUGCGUCCUCCCCGAGUGUGCGUCCUCCCCGAGUGUGCGUCCUCCCCGAGUGUGCGUCCUCCCCGAGUGUGCGUCCUCCCCGAGUGUGCGUCCUCCCCGAGUGUGCGUCCUCCCCGGUGUGCGUCCUCCCCGGGUGUGCGUCCUCCCCGGGUGUGCGUCCUCCCCGGGUGUGCGUCCUCCCGUGUGCGUCCUCCCCGAGUGUGCGUCCUCCCCGAGUGUGCGUCCUCCCCGAGUGUGCGUCCUCCCCGAGUGUGCGUCCUCCCCGAGUGUGCGUCCUCCCCGAGUGUGCGUCCUCCCCGAGUGUGCGUCCUCCCCGAGUGUGCGUCCUCCCCGAGUGUGCGUCCUCCCCGAGUGUGCGUCCUCCCCGAGUGUGCGUCCUCCCCGAGUGUGCGUCCUCCCCGAGUGUGCGUCCUUCCCGAGUGUGCGUCCUCCCCGAGUGUGCGUCCUUCCCGAGUGUGCGUCCUUCUCGAGCGUGCGUCCCUCCCGAGCGUGCGUCCCUCCCGAGUGUGCGUCCUCCCCGAGCGUGCGUCCCCCCGAGCGUGUGUCGUGUCCGUCCUUCCCGAGUGUGCGUCCUUCUCGAGUGUGCGUCCCUCCCGAGUGUGCGUCCCUCCCGAGUGUGCGUCCCUCCCGAGUGUGCGUCCUUCUCGAGUGUGCGUCCCUCCCGAGUGUGCGUCCCUCCCGAGUGUGCGUCCUUCUCGAGUGUGCGUCCCUCCCGAGUGUGCGUCCCUCCCGAGUGUGCGUCCUCUGA